AUGGAAGGAAAGACGCGAAGUUGGAAGAACUGGUUGAUACCCAAACGGCCAAACCCUAAGAUCCACGCGGUCGUCUGCGGCGGGGCGAGGAAGAAAGCACGGUCGAAGUCCCUGGGGCACUCUGACUGGAGGCCGUAUCGGUCUGAAAUGAAGAGAAUCUCCACCGGGAAGCUGCGAAGAAGGCUUAGGGAUUACAUCUCGCCAAUCCACACUGUGGUCUGUUGGUGCGCGAGUCUCCGAUGGACGGAGAGACUGGAGGUUAUUGAUUUCGCGAGGCUCCGAUGGACAGAGAGACCGGAGACGGUGUGGCGGUAUUAG